AUGUUAUCUAUAUUACUAAUUCUGGGCCUGAGUGCCGUCACCAACGCACAUGUCGCCGCCUGGGCGAAAGGGAUGUACUGUCUGAACGGCACCUCCGGCACUGACGAUCCCAACACCAACACGGCCGUCAACCCCUUAUACAUGCUCGAUCAAUCCGACUGGUGGUUCCAGCAUGACCGUGGCUGCGACAGCUUUCCUCCAGCAGACGGCGACUUCCUCGAGCUUCCUGCCAAUGGGCAAAUUACUGUGGAGCUGGCACACAACCGCGCGCAAACGACGCUCUCGUACAAUGGCCAAUACGCGGGCGAGUGGCCCGACGGCAAUGAGCAUCCUGAAGACUGGUCGGGUCCCGGGAACCCGCCUGACUGUAUCCAAGAUGACGGGGCGAUGCACACGCAGAACCAAUCCAUGGCCGCGGGGACGGCGUUCGCGAUCAGCUAUCAGAGCGACUUGACCCAGGUGACGAUGGAGAACCUUGUUGUGUUUAGUGUUUCAGAGCACACCCCGUGGAAGAGACUGGCGACGUACGACGUACCGGAUCUUCCUACCUGUCCGUCUGCAGGCUGCACCUGCGCUUGGCUUUGGGUUCCCAACGGUUGCGGACAACCUAACAUGUACAUGCACGGUUUCAAAUGCACCGUGACGGGAGCCAGCUCGACCAAGACUGUUGCUGCGGCACAAGCUCCUGUCUACUGCGGUGACGACUCAUCGAAAUGUGUCAAGGGCGCCAAGCAGAUGAUCGCAUGGAACCAGAAAUCCGGUAACAAUGUGGAAACCUCAGGUGGGAUCAGUCCCGCGUACAGCAGCGUGUUGGGGUGGGAGAAUGGUGCUCAAAAUGAUAUUUUCAACUAG